AUUUUUGUUUAUUUAGAGUAAAACAUUUCAUUUGGCACCGUCAGCUGGCGUUCGCAGCUGAGAUGAUCCACAGCCUGUUCCUGAUUAAUCCUUCGGGAGACAUUUUCCUGGAGAAACACUGGAAGAGUGUCAUCGGCCGGAGUGUGUGCGAUUACUUCUUGGAGGUGAAGGAGAAAGCGGUGGAUCCAGAGAAUGUGCCCCCUGUGCUGCAGACCCCACACCACUACCUCAUCAGCAUAUACCGGGGAAAGAUCUUCUUCCUGUCUGUUGUCCAAACAGAAGUGCCUCCACUGUUUGUCAUUGAGUUCCUGCACAGAGUGGCUGACACAUUUCAGGACUACUUUGGCGACUGCUCAGAAAAUAUUAUCAAGGAGAAUGUGGUGACUGUGUACGAGCUGUUGGAGGAAAUGCUGGACAAUGGCUUUCCACUGGCAACAGAGUCCAACGUCCUUAAAGAGAUGAUCAGGCCUCCCACCAUGCUGCGAUCAGUCGUCAAUUCACUCACAGGCGGUAGUAACGUUGGAGACAUAUUGCCAACAGGCCAAUUGUCCAAUAUCCCAUGGAGGCGAGCAGGUGUUAAAUACUCCAAUAAUGAGGCAUAUUUUGAUGUGAUCGAGGAAAUAGAUGCAAUAAUUGACAAGUCAGGAGCAACAGUAUUUGCAGAGAUCCAGGGUGUAAUUGAAGCCUGCGUGCGGCUCACAGGGAUGCCCGACCUGACUCUGUCCUUUAGGGAUCCACAGCUUCUGGACGAUGUAAGUUUUCAUCCUUGUGUGCGUUUUAAACGCUGGGAGUCUGAGCGCGUCCUCUCCUUCAUCCCUCCAGAUGGAUAUUUCACCCUCAUGACGUAUCAUGUCGGGGCUCAAAACCUCGUGGCCAUUCCUAUUUAUGUGAAACACAGCAUCUGUUUCUUUGACACUGGAUCCUGUGGCCGGCUGGACAUUACAGUCGAACCCAAGCAAACCAUGGGGAAGACUGUCGAAGGCUUGGUGGUCACGAUCCACAUGCCUAAAUCUGUACUCAGUGCAAACCUCACAGCCACACAAGGAAGCUACAGCUGCGAUCCUGCUACCAAGAUUCUGGUGUGGACCAUUGGGAAACUGAACUCUCAAAAGCUUCCUACACUCCGUGGCAGUCUGAGUAUGCAGACGGGUGCCCCAAAACCAGAGGAGAACCCUUCACUCAACAUUGACCUGAAGAUACACCAGUUGGCCAUAUCAGGUCUUAAAGUGAGCCGCCUUGACAUGUAUGGUGAGAAAUACAAACCAUUUAAAGGAGUCAAAUAUGUGACUAAAGCAGGGAAAUUCCAAGUACGGACCUGAGUACAAGGUCAUCAACCAUACAGUGUGUGUCAUCAUGGGGGGAUAUUUCCAUGCUGUAACCUCAAGUUUUACAUACGUAUGGCCCAGUGGGUUAUUCGUGAAUGAGUUUGAAUUCUAACAGAUAUUUAUUAUAUGUGUGAUUAUAUAUGUGGAUGCUUGUGGCCUGUAAAGGGAAAGCCUUAAAAAUCAGCAAGACCUUGUGAUGUAAUCUAGGCUGAAUAUACAGCAUCGUAAUGGUGUGUUCCACAGUUUUUUUUUUAUUAGAACACUGUCUUAUCUAAAGGAGAAUAUUUCAGUCUUUAAAAACAAAACAUUCAGCUUGUAACUGCAGCAUUCAUAAGGGCCACAGAAAUCUCUUUUCUCCGCACAUUGCCAUAAUCUUUGUGCAUGCUGCCUGACACUAAUCAGCCACUUUUUGAAAACAUUUUUUACAUGUUGCUCCAUACUUAUAUGCAGGUGUGUUUUUGAAGGGAAAGAAAAAAUGUCAUAUACUAACUACCCUCAUCUUAAAUGCAGCUAAUUUUGCACAUACUGACUCUUAAGUGGCCUUGUAAGGUUUUUAUAUUCAAGUGCCAUUUGUAGCAUACAGCUACACAAUCUGUGUAUUUUGGAGGCCUGACAGAUAAGACAUUUAAUGUCUAAAGCUGUUUCUCACAUUCACAGACAUGCAUCUCAGAAGGUCACGGUCUGUAAGUUACAAAUUAGCAUGUCCACGUAUAACAUAAGGUGCCAAUGUUAUACUGUGUGUUGGCAUUUCCAGUCGUCCUCCAAGCGAUGUCGUAGCAUGCACAACAUUAUAAGUUCCAUGGAACUGCAAAGCAUUACCAAAGUUUGUUCAGUUUGUAACAGAAACACAAAAUAAAAAUAAAGGCCAGGCAUGUGAUGGAACAUCAUGGUUCAUCAUGUACACCCUCCCAACCUUAAAAAGGUGUUCCAAGCUAUGGCCGAGGAUUCAAACUGUGACCUUCCAGGAUGUAUAUCCCUCAAAGUGACUUAAGGUUCCUUUGAGAGAGAUCUACACGUACAAGUAUAAAUGCCAAUUCUGAGACUGAGCAGAAUAUGUGAAAUAUUUCAGACAACCAAAAUGUCUUGGGAUAGUUUGAAAUUGCAAUAUUAAAAUUGGAGCUUCGCUAACUGUCAGAAGCUUGUGCUGUGGCUUUUAUGAAUUACUUGAAAGUUGACUGUGACUUGUAUUGAAAUGUUACAAUCUGCCUUUUGAACCGUGAACUUUAAGAUGUUUGCAACUGAUCUGUCUUGAGUGUCAAUGAUGUCAUCUCUUUCUGCACACUGAGACUGAAAUGAUUAGAGAAGUGUAAUAUUAAUUGUUUAAAAAUGAUUAACUGGGGGGGGUUAAUUUGUAACUAUUGUCUGUGGUGGAAUAACUAUAAAAAGCUCCCACAGAUCCUUACAGUCUUUGAAUACAACCUCUUUCCUCAGCACAGCAUUUACACAAUCAGUCGUCCUCAUGGGAAAUGCUACAAAUGUAUUUAAUUGAAAAUAUAUAUUUGGUGUGUAACAUCUCAUAUAAAACUCUUUUAAAAAUGAUACAUGUGUA